AUGUUGUUACUCAUAGGCAUCUUGACGCUUGGCGUCCUGUUCAUGUGGCGGGUCAACUGCGCCAUGAAGGCAGUGCCAGACGAAGCACGACAACUAUCACCACAUCGCUGGACAGCCGAGGAAAUUAAAGCAGCCUACAAGAAGAACAUGGAAAAUCCCAUCAAUAUGACCAAGCACCUGCCACCGAAACAGUCUCGCCGAUAUGUCAUCGUCGGCGGAACAGGGCUCGUUGGAGCAUGGAUUGCCAACCAUCUUCUAGCCCGUGGAGAAGACCCUAAAGCCAUGCGUGUGCUAGACAUAGUCCCACCAGCCCAAGAGCUCCUCGCCCAAGGCGUAGGCUACACAAAAGUCGACAUCACCGACUCGCUCGCAGUGGAAACAGCGUUUGAGGAGCCAUGGCCAGCUGCAGCUUCUAAUCUCCCUCUGACAAUCUACCACACGGCAGCCGUGAUCCGGCCUUCAGAUCGCUUGCAGAGCAUGCUCUCACUAUGCAGCAAAGUCAACAUCGACGGCACACGCAACGUCCUAAGCGCAGCAAAGAAAGCAGGUGCCUCGUGCUUCAUCUGGACAUCCUCUGGAUCAAUCGGCAUUCAUCGACCAAAUUUCUGGAUCAAGCCAUGGGCUACUGAACCCAAGCGUGUAGUCCAAGUCCUCCACGAUGAAGGCAAGCUACCACAGACGCACGGAGAAUUCUUUGGAAAUUACGCCGCAUCCAAAGCCGAAGCAGAGCGUAUAGUUCGGAGAGCCGACGACCCAGAACAAAAUUUCUGCACUGGAUGUAUCCGCCCAGUAAAUGGAAUCUACGGCACAGGCGGCGAGAACAGCACGGCUAUCACAGAUAUCUACCUCCGCAACGGUGGCAGUCCAACCUGGGCCACCCCCGUCCUCCAAAGCUUUAUCCACGCCGAAAACGUCUCAUUAGCCCACCUGCUCUACGAACAACGCCUAAUCGAGCAAAGCAACCUAACCAACAAGAACCCCAAAACAAGCGGCCAAGCAUACGUAGUAACAGACCCAAACCCAGCAAUUGCCUUCGGGGAUCUGUACAAGCUCUUAACAACCCUAUCCAAAACACCGGUUUCAUUCCCAGAGCUACAACCCGCGCCAUUCUUACUACUCUCCUACAUUGUGGAGGCAUAUGCCUUCCUGCGCUACAAUUACCUGCACUGGCUGUUACCCGCGAUCCCCAAGGAUUUGGAACAGAUCCAGCCGGCACUUUUUGGGAUUUUGAAUAUUCAUGUUUUUGGCGAUGAUCGGAGGGCUAGACUGAGUCCUGAAGAUGGGGGGUUGGGAUAUCAGCCUGUUAUUUCUACGCUUGAUGGGAUGUGUCGGAGACUUGUUGAUUGGAAUACCUUGGCUGAGAGGGAGGGGGUUAGGGUUAAGGGGGUUGUGCAGAGGCUGAAGGUUGAGGUUGUGGAAGAGAGGAUUGAUGUUAAUGUUGUUGCGCCAGUGAAG